UACAUCCACCGAGCCUUUUCAACAGACACAUCACAGAAACCAGCAAAACAAGAUUAAACUGUAGGAACAGCCUCCUAAAGAAGAAUAGUAAUAUUAUACAGAUUGUAGCACUUAAAACAAUAUUUUAUGAAAAGAUGGAUGAAGACUACAGCAAAGGUCAGAGGUUGUUCAUAGAGACAGUAACUGGGACAGUGGAAGGUGUUUUCCACUCUAAGGAUCCUGGCCACAACAAACUGACCCUGAAUAAAGUCAUUCUCCAUCCAUCAGGAAGGAAGAUACAAGGGUUAUAUCACUACUACAGAAAUGAAAUUAUCAGUGUUCGUGUAUUGGAACCAGGUUCGUAUCCAGGGGUUAACAAAGAGAAUGAGGCUGCUGGCAAUUGGAACUUGAUGCGGAAGGUUCAACCACCAGUGCAUGCCGACAAGGUUCCCGGGAAAGUAACCAGCUCUGAUGUUGUUAUGAACAGCAGACCAGGAUAUGGCCAUAGUAGAAAAGCUGCUAUGAAUAGAAGAAAAUUAAGUGCAGAAGAAUAUGAUACAAUGAAUAAAUUAGUCCAGAAUCAUGUGUUGAUUGAUCGCAUGGGAGAUGUCUUUAAAAAAGCUGUGAGAGACAUUAAGGCAGAGGCAACUGUCGGCCUGAGUGUGGAGGGAACCAUGUUUGGGCGGUGCAGUAAGCUUAGCCUUAUAAGCAUUGCCACUCCAAGCCAUGCUUUCCUGUUUGAUAUAUUCACUAUUGGCGAUGCAGCAUUUGAUAAUGGACUUCGUGACAUACUGGAAGCAAAAGAUAUUGAGAAAGUUAUCCACAAUUGUCGUCUUGUUUCCGAUUGCUUGCACCACCAACAUCAUGUUACAAUUUGUAGUAUCUUUGAUACACAAGUUGCUGACCUGAUGGUGACACAGCAGCAAUAUGGACAAUUCCCACGUACAGUUUGCAGUUUGCCACAAUGCCUGACACAAUACCUGCAUCUUCCUAACAACCUUCUUUAUUACCCGAAGAUCCGUGAAGGAUAUAUUUUGCUGGAUUCACUACAAUGGAACAAACGACCUCUUCCUAUUGAACUUAUAUCAGCUGCUGUGAAAAAUUCUGUUUUCCUGGUUCAGCUCCGUAAUAAAAUGUGUGACGAGAUGAUGAAGCCAUUCCGUCAAUGUGUUAAUGUGUUCCUUAGUGUAGUAAGGGAUGCAGACCCGCAGGAAGCUAGUGAACACCAGGCCAGCGAUGCACUGGUCCCCUUGGAGUUAUUGGCCCUAAAUGAUCAACCAAGAAAGGCUGUUGAAGACCAAAAGACACCGCAAGACUCUGUGUCUGAUCAAGCCGCUAGUUAAAUGAAAAAAUGUUUAUACAAUGAAGAAUAAUAAAUUUGGGUGGAGGGAAGUGAACUGUAAAUCACAGAAGUGAAUAAAUUAAUGUGGCUUUGCAUAACAUGUCAUACAGAAGUUUAAGUUUGUUUUCAGAUUUUUUCCAUAAGACAGUGAUGCUCUGAACUUGGUCUUUGUCAUUCAUUAGGUGCAUUGGUAUCAGUAAUUCCUAGCAUUGCAAUUAUAUAGAUUUCUACUUCAAAUAACUGCAAUUGAGCAACAAUUUUGAUAAGUUCAUAAGGGCUCCAUAAUCUUUACUGGCCAUGUCACAGCAGUGUACUGCCAAACCAUUAAACCCUAGAUGUUAAGUCUAGCCAACAGCACAGGAGUUCAGAGGUUUAAAUUCCAUGUCCCUGUACAAUAAAGGUCAGUGCUGAUAUUAUGGUAUGUGAAGAGGCUGAAAGUCUAGUUCACACAACUGAAUUUGUAUGAAAAAAGAUAUCCACAGAUAAUCUGGAGUUCACUAUAGUUACAUUGAAAUUGUUUUUGUCAAAGUCAUAAGACCAUUUAUAUGAAACUGAAUGAUACAGUGAAAUUAAGACUUCAUUCAUGUGAAACAAGAAGUGGUUUUGAGAUCUGCUUGUGACAGCCAUUAAUUCUGUAUCUAUUCAUUAAUCAAUUACAACUGAUAAAUUCCAUUGGAGCAGUGGGACAAAUGACCUUUUAAUGUUUCCUCGUGUAACUACUUCUCUAUAUUCUGUUAUAUAAAACACAUUUUUAUGUUUAGCUGUGCUCACAAAGACUUGGAAGUUUUCAGUUCCAGAUGGCAAAAAUGUUCUAUUUUACAAGUGCUGAUACCAUUAAGCAGCUUUUAAAAGUAGUUUCUAACCUGAGUGACAGAAAUGUUGGUGUAAUGUACAUACCAUGAAUGAUAUUUUCAAUUGUUCUAAGUUGAUUGGGAUGAGAGAUAAAUAUAGAAUGAGAUAAAGGAGAUGAUAUAUGUAUACAAUGAGCAGUUUAUCUGGUUUAUAAACUACAUGAGAAGUUACCAAAUCCUUAUUCAAAGUUCCUUCACAAAAUGGCCCAGUAAACUGCUAUAUAAUAUGUCCCUCCAUGGUCAUACCUCUGUCAAUUUUAUUAAUUUUGUUUUGCAAUUUCAUAUGCACACUUGAGUAAAAAUUGGAUUACUAUAUUUAUGUUAACACUACUAUCAUUUUAUCUAAUUUCUUUGUUAUGUAAGCCUUCAAACAAGUCUCCAUAGUUAAUGUUCAUAAGACGUAAUUUUAUAUGUAUGAUUUGUGGGAAGCUGAUGUUCCCCAAUAAAUUCCUAAAGAUAA